AUGACUUCUAGUCCUUUUCCUCAACUAGCAGAAGAAACGAAAAAUAUUUCGAUAGUCGCUCAACCUAAAUCUGUCUAUCAUCCUCGUUAUUUAUCAGAUUUUGAAAAGGAAAAAGGUCGAGCCUCGAGAUAUAUUCGAGCUGAAUCUCCAUCUAAGGGUCAAAAAAGGUUUAAUUAUCCAACGAUCAAGACACAGAUGGAAGAAAAUGAUCCCGAAUAUUUAGUUCGAACAAAGUUAUUGCACAUUGAUGAUCAGUAUUUAAGUGAGAGAGAUAGACAAAAGUUAGCAUUUUUACUAGCUAAUCAAGUUUCACUUCGAACACGAGAAGAUGCUUCAAACACUCUCAAGCUAUUUGAAGAGCUGUUAGAUCGGAAGACAAUUACAGACGCUGUUACCAUAUUAACUCGUGCAUUUGAAACUUUGAAUUGUACACAGGCUGUAGAGCAAUUACAAGAUGAGAUUUUCAAAAGUAGUCAGUGA